ACGCCGCACCUGCCUCCCCGCUGCUGCUCCUCUCUUUUGACGUCAAGAGAUACCCGUCUCUCUUUCCUUGUCCCUUUGAGAUACCCAUUGCGUGUCCACACGCUCUCUUUCACCCCUCCCACGCCCGCGCCGCCAGUCCUGCACCAUGCAUCCCGAGGUCGAGCAGGAGCUCUCGCACACCCUGCUCAUCGAGCUGCUUGCAUACCAAUUCGCCUCGCCCGUGAGGUGGAUUGAGACGCAGGAUGUCGUGCUCGGCGAGAAGGUCACCGAGCGCAUCGUCGAGGUGGGCCCCGCAGACACGCUCGGGGUGAUGGCGAAGAGAACACUCGCCUCCAAGUACGAAGCACACGAUGCCGCGCUCUCGGUGCAGCGGCAGAUUCUCUGCUACAACAAGGACGCGAGAGACAUCUACUAUGACGUAGAACCAGAGGAGGAGGCGCCUGCGCCCGCGGCGUCUGGCAGCGGAGACGCGCCAGCGGCGCCCUCCUCUGCACCCACUCCUGCAGCAGCUCCUGUGGCGGCACCCGCGCCAGCAGCCAGCGCGGGACCUGCAGCCCAGGUGCCAGAUGCGCCCGUCACAGCGACGGACGUGCUGCGGGCAUUGGUCGCCCAGAAGCUGAAGAAGCCUCUGGCCGACGUGCCCCUCAGCAAGGCCAUCAAGGAUUUGGUCGGAGGAAAAUCCACCCUCCAAAACGAAAUCCUCGGCGACCUCGGAAAGGAAUUCGGCUCGACGCCGGAGAAGCCAGAAGACGUGCCCCUGGACGAGCUCGGUGCGUCGAUGCAAGCGACCUUCAAUGGCCAGCUUGGCAAGCAGUCUUCCUCGCUCAUUGCCCGCAUGGUGUCCUCAAAGAUGCCGGGUGGCUUCAACAUCACAGCCGUGCGAAAGCACCUCGAGAUGCGGUGGGGGCUCGGACAGGGCCGGCAGGACGGUGUGCUACUGUUCGCCCUCACCAACGAGCCCGCGUCACGUCUCGGAUCGGAGAACGACGGAAAGGCCUGGUUGGACGAUAUGGCGAACAAGUACGCGGCCAUAGCUGGAAUCAAUCUAUCCGCCCCGUCGGCGGGCGGCGACGCCGGAGCUGCGGCAGGAGGCAUGAUGAUGGACCCGGCUGCCAUCGAUGCGCUCACAAAAGACCAGCGCGCGCUGUUCAAGCAGCAGCUCGAACUGUUUGCGCGGUACCUCAAGAUGGACCUCCGCGCUGGCGAUAAGGCCUUCGCCGACUCACAGAAGGCCAGUUCCGCUCUCCAGGCUCAACUGGACCUCUGGACCGCCGAGCACGGCGACUUCUACGCCUCUGGCAUUGAGCCCCAAUUCACACCUCUCAAGGCCCGCAUGUACGACUCGUCGUGGAACUGGGCUCGCCAGGACGCUCUCAGCAUGUACUACGACAUCAUCUUCGGCCGCCUCAAGGCUGUCGACCGCGAAAUCGUCAGCCGCUGCAUCCAGAUCAUGAACCGCUCGAACCCCCUCCUCCUCGAGUUCAUGCAGUACCACAUCGACCACUGCCCAACUGAGCGCGGCGAAACCUACGAGCUCGCGAAAGAGCUCGGCCAGCAGCUAAUUGAGAACUGCAAAGACGUCCUUAAUGAAGCUCCCGUUUUCAAGGACGUCGCCGUUCCCACGGCACCUCAUCUGGACAUCGACGGCAAGGGCAGCAUGAACUACGCCGAAGUGCCCAGGCCGAGCGUGCGCAAGCUCGAGCACUACGUUCGCGAAAUGGCUGAAGGCGGAAAGCUCUCCGAGUACGGCAACCGCACCAAGGUCCAGAACGACUUGCAGCGCAUCUACAAGCUCAUCAAGCAGCAGCACAAGCUGUCUAAGUCGUCCCAACUGCAGAUCAAGAGCCUCUACAGCAAUGUCAUCCGCUCGCUUUCGAUGAAUGAGGGUCAGAUCAUGCCCAGCGAGAAUGGCAAAGCUGUCGGCGGUCCUGGCAAGAAGGGCCGCAAUGGCCGCAUCAACGGCCCUACCAAGCAAGGGAAGGUCGAAACUAUCCCAUUCCUACACCUGAAGCGAAAGGACGAUCACGGCUGGGAAUACAGCAAGAAGCUGACCGGCGUCUAUCUCGACUGUCUCGAGCAUGCUGCCAAGGAUGGCGUCACCUUCCAGGGCAAGUACGCGCUCAUGACUGGUGCUGGUGCCGGCUCCAUCGGCGCGGAGGUCCUGCAAGGCCUAAUCAGCGGUGGCGCCAAGGUUGUCGUCACGACUUCGCGCUUCUCUCGUGAGGUGAACGAGUACUAUCAGUCCAUGUACACUCGGUACGGCGCUCGCGGCUCUCAGCUCAUUGUGGUGCCUUUCAACCAGGGCAGCAAGCAAGACGUUGAGGCUUUGGUUGAGUACAUCUUUGACGCCAAGAAUGGCCUUGGUUGGGACCUGGACUACAUUGUCCCCUUCGCCGCCAUCUCCGAGAACGGUCGUGAGAUCGACGGACUGGAUUCCAAGUCCGAACUCGCCCACCGUAUCAUGUUGACCAACCUUCUCCGCCUGCUUGGCGAGGUCAAGAAGCACAAGCAGGCUCACGGCUAUGAGACCCGUCCCGCACAGGUCAUCCUGCCCCUUUCUCCCAACCAUGGAACCUUCGGCAACGACGGAAUGUAUGCGGAAUCCAAGAUUGCUCUAGAGACUCUCUUUACCAGGUGGCACUCUGAGAGCUGGGGCAGCUUCCUCACCAUUUGCGGAGCUAUUAUCGGCUGGACCCGCGGCACAGGUCUCAUGGCUGGCAACAACAUUGUCGCUGAAGGCAUCGAGAGGUACGGUGUUCGUACCUUCUCGCAGCAAGAGAUGGCCUUCAACUUGCUCGGCCUCAUGGCUCCUCCGAUUGUCAACCUCUGCCAGAUUGAGCCCGUCUGGGCUGAUCUGAAUGGCGGCUUCCAGUACAUUCCCAACCUCAAGGACCUCAUGACCGACCUCCGCAAGGAGUACAUGGAGACCAGCGAGGUCCGCAAAGCCGUUAUCAAGGAGAACGCCAUUGAGAACAAGAUUGUCAACGGCGAAGCGAGUGAGGCACUGUACAAGAAGGCCACCAUCCAGCCGAGAGCGAACCUGAAGUUUGAGUUCCCCAAGGUCCCCGACUGGGAGACUGAGGUCAAGCCGCUCAACAAUGACCUCAAGGGAAUGGUCGAUCUCGAGAAGGUUGUCGUCGUGACUGGUUUUGCUGAGAUAGGUCCAUGGGGCAACAGCAGGACUCGCUGGGAGAUGGAAGCUAACGGCGAGUUCUCGCUGGAAGGAUGCGUCGAGAUGGCUUGGAUGAUGGGGCUCAUCAAGAACCACAAUGGUCCUCUCAAGGGCAAGAGCUACUCUGGCUGGGUCGACGCCAAGACUGGAGAGCCCGUGGACGACAACGACGUCAAGUCCAAGUACGAGAAGCACAUCUUGGAUCACUCCGGCAUUCGUCUGAUUGAGGCUGAGCUAUUCAACGGGUAUGACCCGAAGAAGAAGCAGCUGCUCCAGGAAAUUCAGAUUGAGGAGGACCUCGAUCCGUUUGAGGCUUCCAAGGAGCUCGCCGAUGAAUUCAAGCGUCAGCACGGUGACAAGGUCGAGAUCUUCGAGCUUCCAGACUCUGGAGAAUACACCGUUCGACUAAGGAAGGGCGCUACCCUCAUGAUUCCCAAGGCCCUCCGAUUCGACCGUCUCGUCGCUGGUCAAGUCCCCACCGGCUGGGAUGCGAAGAAGUAUGGUGUCCCUGAUGACAUUAUCUCUCAAGUCGACCCUGUUACUCUCUUCGUCCUUGUCUCCACCGCGGAGUGUCUACUUUCCAGCGGUAUCACAGAUCCGUACGAGUUCUACAAGUAUGUCCACCUCUCCGAGGUCGGUAACUGCAUUGGUUCUGGUAUUGGUGGCACUACUGCUCUCCGUGGCAUGUACAAGGACCGUUAUCUCGACAAGCCCAUCCAGAAGGACAUUCUUCAGGAGUCUUUCAUCAACACCAUGAGUGCUUGGAUCAACAUGCUGCUCCUGUCUUCCACUGGUCCCAUCAAGACCCCUGUCGGUGCAUGCGCUACUGCCGUGGAGUCUGUCGAUAUCGGCUACGACACUAUCGUUGAGGGCAAGGCCCGCGUCUGCUUCGUCGGUGGCUUCGAUGACUUCCAGGAGGAAGGCUCAUACGAGUUCGCCAACAUGAAAGCUACCAGCAACGCUGAGGACGAGUUUGCUCAUGGUCGCACGCCCAAGGAGAUGUCUCGUCCGACUACCACUACCAGGAACGGCUUUAUGGAAUCGCAGGGUUGCGGUAUGCAGGUCAUCAUGGACGCCAGACUCGCCUUGGAUAUGGGUGUCCCGAUUUACGGUAUCCUCGGCUUCACUGCUACGGCCACUGACAAAAUUGGCCGCUCCGUCCCUGCACCAGGCAAAGGUGUUUUGACAACUGCACGCGAGAUGCCGUCCAAAUUCCCGUCUCCUUUGCUUGAUAUCAAGUACAGGAAGCGACAGAUGGAUCUACGCCGCAAGCAGAUCAAGCAGUGGCAGGAGUCAGAGCUUUUGUACCUCCAAGAAGAAGUUGCCGCCAUGAAGGAUGCCGCCGAAAACUUCAACGAGUCCGAAUACCUUCAAGAGCGCGCCGCCCAUAUCGAGCGGGAAGCCAAGCGACAGGAGAAGGACGCCCUCAACAGCCUCGGCAACGCCUUCUGGAAGCAGGACUCGCGCAUUGCCCCUCUCCGUGGCGCCCUUGCCACAUGGGGCCUCACCAUUGACGACCUCGACGUCGCCUCUUUCCACGGUACUUCAACUGUUGCGAACGACAAGAAUGAGUCGGACGUCAUCUGCCACCAGAUGCGCCACCUCGGCCGCACCAAGGGCAAUGCUCUGCUCGGUAUCUUCCAGAAGUACCUUACCGGUCAUCCCAAGGGUGCGGCUGGUGCCUGGAUGUUCAACGGCUGCUUGCAGGUCCUCAACUCCGGUCUCGUGCCGGGCAACCGCAAUGCCGACAAUGUGGACAAGGUGAUGGAGCAGUUUGACUACAUCGUUUACCCGUCUCGUACUCUUCAGACGGAUGGCGUCAAGGCUUUCUCCGUCACUUCGUUCGGCUUCGGUCAGAAAGGUGCCCAGGCCAUCGGUAUCCAUCCCAAGUAUCUUUUCGCUACUCUCGACCACGCUGAAUACGCCACCUACAAACAGAAGGCCGAGGCUCGCCAGAAGAAGGCUUACCGAUACUUCCACGACAGUCUCAUCAACAACACCAUGUUCCGUGCUAAGGACAAGGCGCCGUACGAGGACGAGAAGAUGCAAGAAGUCUUCCUCAACCCGCGUGCGCGCGUCACUGUCGACAAGAAGACCGCCAAGUACUCGUAUCCCAAGAAGUUCGUCGACGCUCCGAAGAAAGACGCCAAAACUGAGGAGACGAGGAAGAUGCUUGAGUCCAUCACCCAAGCUACCGCUUCCGCCAACACCAAUGUCGGCGUGGAUGUCGAGAAGAUCGAUGCGAUCAACAUUGAGAACGACACCUUCAUUGAGCGUAAUUUCACCGCCCAAGAGAUUGCGUACUGCCAGAAGGCAGCCAGCCCUCAGUCAAGCUUCGCUGGCAGAUGGUCAGCCAAGGAGGCUGUGUUCAAGUCGCUCGGUGUGAAGGGCCAGGGUGCUGGCGCCGCGCUGAAGGACAUUGAGAUUACAAGCGAUGAGAAUGGAGCUCCCGCUGUCAAGCUAUAUGGAGCCGCUGAACAAGAAGCGGAGCGUGUCGGUGUCAAGAAGGUCAGCAUCAGCAUCAGCCACUCGGACGAUCAGGCCGUUGCUGUGGCCGUGGCCUCAUUCUAGAGGUAGACC